AAUUGUUGGGAAACCAGCUCUGCUACAUCUACAGGAAGUGGAUUGUGAUUGGUCAACAGCAUGACACGAAAUUUGAAUGGCGGAUAGUUGGCGUUUUGUGUGUACUAUUCAUUGUGAUACAAAUCUCCAACUAUAGUAUUACCCUUCACGUCAAAGAUUUACACCAGACAGGCAGGAUGGAUUCCGAUCUAAAACCACAUAACCUGAUCACGUUGACAGAAUCCAAAACACUUCUGGCCAACAUUUUUGAAAAGUUUGAGGAUGACUUUUUAUGGCUAGAAGAUAUCUUGACUGAGUGCAAAAAAACAUUUGCGACGGCCUGCAUACAACUGCUCCCUAAGACACCUGCUCGCAAAAAACAAACCAGGAAACAUCGGCAUGUGACAGAGGAAAACGAUGAAGAGGCAGAUGGAAGCUUCAUGGUGGUCAGAACACUGACAUUUGACCAACAGUCUCACAAGCUGAGGCCUCGUGCACCUACAGUUUCUUCCUCCACUAGGGUCACUCGCAGUGCAAAAGCAGCAGCCAAGAAAGAGGAAAAAGAAAAUACAGCUCCACAGCCCAUCCUGGACUUGAUGAAGAUGGCUGGAGCCAUACUACCUGGUGCAGAGGGUGAAGGCAAGAAGACAGAACAAAGCUCUUCAAGUGCUCAUGAGAGUGUGUACAGUGUACGACAAAGGGCACAGGCUUAUGAGGCUAUGUUGUCCUGUCGUGUAAGCAGCAGUCCUGUUGUUUCACCUCAUGCAGCUAGUAUGAAAGUAAGGGAGGUAAGAGAAAGCCCCAUUGAGUCAGCAGAUUCAACUCAAGACAUCAGGAGAAGUUCAGCUACAAGUCGCUUCUCAUCUUGCACACGCAAGUCUUUGAAGGUGCUAGCCUCCAAGGCUAAACUGAGGUCCCUUCAUGGACAGCCCAGUCACCCCAGACCCCGAUCAAGCAUUUGCCAGCCCACUUCAAUGCUUGACCAAGAACUGCAAUUGAUUCCAGACAAGUCUGAUGACACAACCAAGGUCAGAACACAUGUCACAGAAGUUCAGGCCAAAACAUCCAGAACAAGGCUUCGCCUGAACAAAGCCAAAACUAUGUCUGACAAUGACUCAAGCAGCAGCACAACCACCUAUACAAGCGAAGACCCUACACAAGAUGUGCUGGAGAAACAGACAAUUCCUAGAGGAAAUGACAAAACUAACAAAUAUCCAGAGUCUUUCCAUGAAAGAACCAAACGCAAACAAGCAUCGGGAUCGUCGGGAGAUGAAGUAGCAGCCACACAACAUGCAUGUUCUCCCAGCACAGCAAGCCAAAUGGGAACAAGAAUGAGGACACGGACAAAGGUUAGAAAAAUUGAGAAACAAGAGGAUGUGGUGGAGGUGGAGGAGAGCAUGUUUGAAUCGCCACACAAAGCCUGUGCAGUGUCCACAGCACCAGACUCGGGGAGUGGAUCUAAUACUGACAUGGGUUGUUGUGACAGAAAGAAUACUGAAACAUCCUCUCCAAUCAAUGCUAGUUCUGCUGAUGAUUCUGGCCCGAGCUGUCCAAACAUUUGCACAAAUGCCCAAGUCAUAUCUGAAAACUUAGAGAAUGAGGAUACCACUUCAAAGGAAGAUGUGCUGUCUGCAACCCCAGCACGCAGAAGCAAACACGAAGAGAAGUAUAGCUUCACCAUUCCUGUCGAAAACAAAGAGAACAGUUUAGAAAAAACAGAAAACUUACGACGAGCUACCCAUGUGCUGGUUAAGAAUGAAGUUGCUGUACAGGAAGAGGAACCAAGAAAGGAGAUGGAAGUUUCUCCGCCUGCAUCAGCAAACCCUGAUGGUGGCCAGUGUGAGACAGAGCCCAAACAUGUGGAGGAAACACGUAUGACCAGAACAAAGGCACGAAAACGCCAGGCAGAAGAAGAAGCUAAUGUGUCAGUCUCAAAAAAGCUGUGCACCGCAUCCCCUUCUGCAACAAACCAGGCUGACUUGGAGUCUUCUUCACCAUUUCAGGAUGGUAAAGAGGAAGAUGAGAUGGAUGUAGAUGAUGACAGUGAUUAUGAGGAUCUGGAACCAGAAAAUCCUCCAAACAAGCACAUAAUUCGGCCACACUCCUUCCUGGCAAAUAUGCGCAAGUCCAGCCUGUCUCGCUCCACCAGUCUUAUCUCUGGUGUUGUCACAUCUUUCCUCAAACGCAACACACCUCCUCAUAAGCCUACCUUCAAGGUGCUGCAGCAGCAGAAAAAGAAAGAACUUCAAGAGAAAGAGAGGCGAGAACAAGAGAGGCUGAGCAGGAUUGAUGAGAUGAAGAAGAAUAAGGUGGAGGAGCAAAAAAGAAAGCGAGAGGAAAGAAUGCGCAAGGUGGCUGAAAUGCGUGAGCUUAGACAGCAAAAGGAGAAUAACCUUAAAAAAAGUCUGCAAGAGAAGCUACAGGAGAAGCUCAACUCAACAGACCGUAUGAAGGAAGACCGCUUUAAAGAAGAACGCGAAAAACAGAGGCAGAGGUUGAAAAAACAGCUGGAGGCUGAAGAAAGGCGGCGCCUGGAAGAUGAAGAGCGUAUGAGAAAGUUUUUGGAACAGCAAGAGGAGAAGCGUCGCCACGAGGAGUUCCUGCAGCGCAAGAGAGAGCAUGAAGAGCAGGAGCGCCAGCAGAGGCUGAAAGAAGAGCGUCGGCGACUGGAAGAGAAGCAGGCAGAGCUGGAGCGCGAGCGUUUGGCUGAACGGGAACGCCUUAGGCAGCAGGAACUGGAGCGAGAGCGGGAACAGCAGAAACUUAAGGAGCAGAAGGAAAAAGCGGCAGCUGAGGAGCGUGCUGCCCGUGAGAGACAGGAGAUGGAGAAGAAAAAAGAACGUGAAGCCAAACUUCAGCGAGAAUUUGAGAAAUUGAAAGAAUUGGAACAACAACGAUUGGCAAAAAUGGCUGCCAUGGAAGAAGAAAAGAGAAAGGAAGAGGCUCGGCUGAAUCAAAUUAUCCAGCACCACAACCGCAACAUGCAGAACAUUUUGGCCAACAUUAACUGCACUGUCUCUUUGUCCAAACCAACUGAGAGCCACUCAGUCCACAACCCAGACUCGUAUCCUAUCACACCUCGCCAUAUAAAAAAGAAAUCAUCAUCUUUGGAAACCUAUGACAUCGCUGAUCUUUGCUCAGAUGACUCAACAGAUGAUGAUCAGGCUCCUAGAAAAAAGAUUCCCUCCUGGGCACAAGGUUCAAACUUCAAAGCUGCCCUCAUCAAUCAAGAACAUCACCCUCCAGACUUGGAUGCCAUCUUUACAUACAUUGAGCCCCCAGACCUCAAUGAAAUGUUUAAAGUUAAGCGACCUCGCUUUAACAAGCGAACUAGUUCAGCAGUAUGGCACUCCCCUCUUCACAAGCCACUGUGAUUCCAAACCUCAUUUUAACUGGAUAAAACUUUAUACACUGGGUAGGUAUGUUUGCUUCUACUGACCUGAAGACAGUGUUGUUGAUCUUUUGGAUGGAUAUUCAUGGAGCUGCCUUGUAUUUGGCCAGUUCAGUACAUAAUGAUGACAACAUUCUAGAAGUGUUUAUGCCAGAAGUCACCAAGAAACUGUAGCAGGCAAAGAUUUAGUACAACCAGACGAAGUCAGCCAGAGAUUAAUGUGGGAUAUUUUUUUAAGAUAGGUAAUUUAGGGCUAUUGUGGGAAAUGUUUGCCCAAGGUUGGGUGUUGAAAGCUGACUUAUUGUAACUUGUGACUUGUUGAAACCUUAUCUGCCAGCACCCAUGGCUUCUGUGCCUGUAUGCGCCUCUUUCUUGUCUCUCCUUCAUUUGCUCAUUAGAUCUCAGCCGUUUCUCAUGAAAUGCCUUCAACAGCAAGAAAAAUGCUCAUCACUUGUACACUUUGGUACAAAAGCGGAACUAGGGAACUAUUCUUCCUCACCAUUGUGUUUUUGAAGCAGUAAAAAUGCUAAUGUGGCACUGUUGUCCAAGGGUAAUAGUUAAUCUUACCCUUGCAUGCAGCAGCUCCCUGUAUUUUCUCUGACCAAGGAGCAGACAGGAGUGGGUAAGAAGUUAAAUUAGAAAUGAAUUAAAAAAUGUAUCAAUUUGUGUGUGCCUACUGUUGUGUCUUUCACACAACACCUCUUUCUUUCUCUCUCUCUGGCAUGAGUCUUGCUUUAAGGUCAGGAUCAGUUCAGGAAAAUAUCAAUUUUGGGGUUGGAGUGGAUCCUGACCUUAAAAGAAGGCUUAAAAUAAAGUUCAGAUAAUAGGAAGAGGGUGCAUUUUGAUGAUCGUCUGAUGUUGUGUACAUAAGGCAACAUAGAUUUUACCAAAAGAUCACAAUCUGUCCAGAGAUAUUGAUAUUUUUAUCUAAAUGAUAAGUCUGCAGAAAAGUUUUUAAAAGCAGUAUUUUGCUUUUAUAGUGUUUUAAUGUGGGUUCCUUGGCAGUUGUGGUCUCUGUUGUGAGGAAUGAGUGCUCUGUUGAGUCUUUGUGGAGAAAAACAUGGAGUAAGAACUGUUUUGGCACCUCAGUCUUUUUUAGAAGAACAAAAUGGAGUGAUAAAAAUAAGAGAUUGAGGUGGGAUUUUUUUUUUUAAUGUAUGACAUGGUUGAAUCCUUGCAGAAAAUUUUAAGCAUACCCUUUUCUAUGUAUCACACAUACAAAAACACUUGUAGACAAAUGAUAUGUUCAAAAGAUAAGUGUCGUGAAUAUUUAAUGACAUGUAAAUAAAAUGUUUUUGUUGACUAUG